AUGAACGUCCGCAACUGCAUCCUCAGCAGCAGCAGCAUCCUCCGCAGCCGCAUCCGCCGCAGCCUCCACAGCCGCAUCCACAUCCGCCGCACCCACCGCAGCUUCGGCAUCAUGUUUACCUUCGCUAUUCUCCUUCUCUGCGUUCAGGGCUGCCUGAUCCAAACUGUGUACGGUCGGUGCUGUGGCUGUGGAUGCGGUAGUGGUUGCGGUUGCGGUUGCUAUGGCGGCGAGGGUGAAGGUAAUGUGAACGUCUGCGGUGAACUGCCCGUGUGUGGUGAAACCUGUGUCUGUGGCCGCGUGCCCAUCUGCGGUGGUGUUUGCUUCAAGGGUCCUGCCUGUGCUAGUGGUUGUGUCUCUAUCUGCGGACGUUGCUGCGGAUGUGGAUGCGGAUGCGGCUGUGGAGGAUGCGGAUGCGGACGUAGAUGCUGUUGCUGCUAA